CGAAAGUCUAUUGAUCCGACACCGACUUUUCCGAGGUGCACUUGAACGCCUCCUCAGAAAGCGGGACACUUAUGAGAACGCUGCACGCUCCUUUGCUGGUCUCGCGCUUAGGGAGGAAAACGGACUUACAAACCCCUUUUUCCCGUGACAUUUGUGUGCGUUUAUGAAACCCCAGACCACACACACACAUGCACACACACAUGUACAUACACUUUUAGAACACACAUAUCCAAACACACAUAUACACACAUGUAUACAAGUACACACUCAAACCCACUAACAUACACUCCUGGAAACCUGUACACUCACUGCUGUUGAGAAUAAAGUUGAUGCAAGAUUCUCUAACCGGACUCGUCCAUAGUGCUCCAUCCCUAACCACUAAUCCACAUCUUUACAUGGUCCUUCGAGCCGGAUUAGGGUUCCCCCGACACUAUGGAAUCAACAACUGAUAGCCAGCAGCGGGAGUCGUCGGCCCGACCCAAGAGAGAUCCUCGUCCACCUGCACAUUUAGACCCAUAUGAAGUCACUCUUUUGCCCUCUCAACAACCUGUAGCCCAAGCCUCCUCUACACCUGUAGGACAACUAGGCCAGGUUCUGUCAACCAGAGCAAGGAGUUUGACAAGUUACCGGUCAGCUGCACAUUCACGACGAUCAUCUCAGAUGUCUAACGGUCUCAGUCUGCUCCAAAGCACAUCAGACAUACAAGCAGCUGCACUAGAAGAGGAGAUAAAGGGUUUGGAGCUUGCAGACCUACAACAGGAAAUAGAAGAGGAAAGAAAGGCUGACUUGGAGGCUGCAGCAUUGGAUGCCCAAGCCAGGGAAGGACAACGGCUACAAGAAGAGGCACAUUUGGCUAAAGAGAGACUAACUAAAGAGAUGGGGAGACGCAGGCGCUUGAAGAAGCUGGAGAAAGAGGUACAAAUUGCCAGUCUUGUGAAGACCUACCUAUCAGAGACGAACGAUGAUGCCGUGUCCACUUCAUCAGCUCCCGCUACAUUCUCCAAGCCGUCCCUGCGAUCACAGCCACCGCGGGUGCCCUUCGUUCUCACCCAGCAUCCACCUGUACAACCGCCACCUCCAGCGCCCGUUCAAAUACCACCUCCAGCUACUGUCCCUGGACAGAUAGUAGCACCACCCGCUAAUCUCAUCACAAAUGCCCAAGCUAGUUUUCCUGUCAGCGCACCACCCAUUGCAGCAACAGUAGCUGCAUUUCCACCUGGACGUGUAUCAUCCUCGCCCGUCCUCCCCACGGUGACAAGCCAUGCAGUUGGAACGCUACCGAUUACAAGUCUCCCAUCUCAAUAUCCAGGUGUUUCUGCUACCAGUAUAAGCUUCACAACACCACCACUGGCAACUUCAGUGAUGCCACCACCUCCUACAAUGCCAUUUGCUCAACCCAUUACACCAACUGCAACACCCGUCCCCCCUGCACUGCCUUGGACCUACCCAGGCAUGGAGACCUUGAUUGCCACAUCCUAUGGCAUUCCCAAACCAACACUUCCCUUCUUUGAUAGUGGUAAAGAAAGCGACUUUGCACUUUUGAAGAUGGCACUCGACAACUUGAUGAACAGUCACACUCAUCUCAGCGAACACUAUAAAUAUCAAGUGCUCCUGGGUCAGCUCAAGCUCCCGAGUGCUCUGCAGUUGGCCAAAUCAUACAUGUAUGACCCGGCACCAUACACAGCAGCAGUGGGAGCUCUGCAAGACAAAUACGGACAGCCGAGACAACUGGUCCAAAGUGAAUUAGGGGCAAUACUCAACUCCCCAGCCAUCAAAUUUGGAGAUGCUGAUGCAUUCGACUCCUUUGCCCUCUCUGUCCAGUCACUGGUCGGUAUGCUGCGCACGCUAGAGGGACCUGUAGGUUACGAGCUCCGGUGCGGUUCCCAUGUUGACCGCCUGUUAAGCAAACUGUCUCCAUCCCAGAGAGAUGGAUUUGUGGAAUAUUGCCUCGUUCGCGGCAUCCUGCAGCCCGGUUCAGAGCUCACCUACUCCCUGCCUGACUUUGCCGCAUGGCUCCAGAUGAAGGCUCAAGCAAAGCGUCUGGCCAGUCGAGCUACCCUUCUCUAUAACUCUACCGGGCCUUCUACACCUAAGAGAGAACAGUUUCGUUCAAAGCCCAGAGAUAAAACCGCAUCAGUCUUCCUCUGUACAAGGGAGACAGCCACCAAAGAGUCCCCUCAGCCGAAGCCUCAAGCUUUCAAACUCAGCCCUUAUUGCCCAUUCUGUAACAAUAAGGAGCACUAUCUCAACUCAUGUCUCAACUUCAAGAAACUGUCCCCUGCUGAGAUUAAGAAGUGGAUCCAGGAAGGUGACCGAUGCUGGAGGUGCGGCCGGGCACACAAAGCUACAGCCUGCACGCUUAAACGGCCGUGUAAGACAUGCAAAGAGAAACACCUUACAGUUCUGCAUGACGCCAUCCAAGAGUCUUCGCAGACAGUGCUGCUGGUUAGUAAUCCAGCACCCACUAUCUACAUCGAACAGCCCAGAAGCCCUCAAAGAGUGCUACUGAAAGUUGUCAAAGUGCUUCUACAUCAUGGCGAUCGCGUCCUUGAGACAUUUGCAGUGCUUGAUGAUGGUUCAGAGAGAACGAUUAUCCUCCCUCAAGCUGUAGAACAACUACAACUUUCACAGCACCCAGAGACGCUACAUCUUAGGACCGUCCAGCAAGAGGUGAAGGAGCUGAAAGGUUCCUGCGUCAGCGUUCAUGUAUCCCCUGUCUUCAAGCCAAACCAGAAGUUUUGCAUUCGACAUGCGUUCACCGCAGAUAGUCUUAGCUUGUCUGAGCACACGUACCCAGUAGCAGCUCUCCAGAAGCGCUAUGAGCACCUCAAAGGACUUCCCUUGACGCCUAUUCACAGAGCACAACCUCUACUCCUCAUCGGCUCAGAUAUGGCCCAUCUGCUCUCACCAACACAGCCCGUCCGAUCAGGCCCAUCCGGCAGUCCCAUGGCAGUCUGUACAAGGCUCGGUUGGUCCCUGCAAGGUCCGUCAGACAUCAUUCCAGUUGCUUCUCACCAGCCUUACUGUUUUCACAUCGCCACUGAAUCACCAUAUACAGAACUUAUCAAGAAUGUGGAACGCCUUUGGCAUAUCGAUACAGUUCCCUAUAUCAGUGAGAAGACUGCAACCCGUUCUAAGCAAGACCAGCAGGCUCUCACCCUCCUACAGACAGCCUCUGAACGCGUAUCUAUUGACGGUACUCAGCGCUAUGCAACUCCACUGUUGAGGCGUCAGCCAGCCAUCCCACUUCGUGCUUCGCCGGCUGCUGUGAUGCCCAACCUACGUUGCACUGAACGCCGGAUAGCCAAGGACACAGCUCGAGCAGCUUCAUACUGUGCGGAGAUGGACAAACUACUUCAGGCCGGCUACGUUUCAGAGAUCUCUACGGAAGAGGCCGAAACUGUCACCGAAUCGUGGUAUGUACCACACCAUAUGGUGCACCACAAUGGAAAGGACAGAGUUGUCUUCAAUUGUUCCUUCUCCUUCAAUGGCCUCUCAUUGAAUGACCAACUCCUCCCGGGACCGACGCUUGGUCCAACCAUGAUUGGUGUCCUGAUGCGGUUUCGAUGUCAUGCUGUCGCCAUCAGUGGAGAUAUCAAGUCAAUGUUCCAUCAGAUCCGCUUAAUGCCAAAAGACAAACCUCUCCUACGUUUCCUGUGGCGGGACAUGCAAAGAACGUCUGAACCACGGAUAUACCAAUGGGAGGUGUUACCAUUUGGAACAACGUGUAGCCCCUGUUGCGCCGUCUUCGCCCUGCAGCAGCACGUCAGAGACCACGAACCACCAGAUUCCCCCCUCACGCAUGUGAUCGAGCAGUCCUUCUAUGUCGACAAUUGCCUUCACAGUGUAAGUAAACCAGAAGAUGCCAAGGCUUUGGUCGAUGACUUGCGAGCACUUCUGAGAAAGGGAGGUUUUGAGAUCAGGCAAUGGGCCAGUAAUGUGCCUGAAGUUGUCGCACACCUACCCCCUGAAGCACAAUCGACUAGCAGUGAGCUAUGGCUGUCCAAGGCCAGUGACAACCUUCAAGAACCCACACUUGGACUGUGCUGGGAUUGUUUGAGCGACACGUUGAGUUAUAAGCAUCGCUCUAACGAGCCUCCAGCUGCCACUCUACGUAACGUCUACAGCGUCCUUGCCAAGCUUUACGACCCAUUGGGCUACAUUGUGCCAUUUACCACAAGAUGUAAAGUGCUUGUCCAGGACAUGUGGAAGGCUAACAUUGGCUGGGAUGACAAGAUUCAACCAUCUGAACUUCUCGGAAAAUGGUUGAGUUGGGUGCAGGAAAUUCCUACUCUGCAGCAACUCAAGUUACCUCGUCCCUAUUCACCAGCCAGUGGAAAUACCGUCAAUGCAGCCCGUCAUAUUCACAUCUUCUGUGAUGCUUCAGAGCGUGCCUACGGAUCAGUAGCUUACAUGCAAAUAACGGAUGACAGACAACAAGUCUUCGUUUCCUUUGUGUUUGCCAGAUCGAGAGUAGCGCCGCGUAAGCAGCUGUCCAUCCCGCGUCUCGAGCUCAGCGCCGCACUUACAGGGGCACAGCUGGCGAAAGUGAUCGAGACUGAGCUCACAGUAACGCCUGAGCACAUCACUCUUUGGUCUGACUCCACAACAGUGCUCCACUGGAUUAAAUCAGAAUCCUGCCGCUACAAAGUAUUUGUUGGAACACGUGUAGCAGAAAUUCAGAAUCUUACCAGUCCAUCUCAAUGGCGGUAUGUUGGUAGUCUACACAAUCCCGCAGAUGACAUAACCCGAGGACUCACCUUGAAAGAGAUGGUGCAGGAUCACCGCUGGAACAAAGGUCCACAUUUCCUCCUUUUGCCGGAGAGUGAGUGGCCCAUCAUGCCCUCAUCUGAGGCAGAAGCAGACACUACCGAGUUAAGGAAGUCAGCCUUCGUGGGAGCAGUCUCCAGCGCCUUGCCCACACAACAUCCUGACCUGAGUAAAUUCUCCACUUGGCAAGAGCUACUUCAGGAAACCGCUAGCUCCCUUCAUGGGGCGGCCAACACUAACACCACAGCAAAGUGUUCAGCAACAGAUUUUCUUCAAGCAGAGAAGCUUCUGCUUCAAAAGGCCCAAGAAGACUGCUUUGUUGAGGAAUUGAGAGCCCUCAAAGUUGGACGUGCUCUUCCUGUAAACAGUCAUCUUAUAUCCCUGUCACCAGAAUACGACAAAACCACAGAGCUACUGAGAGUCGGUGGUAGAUUGUGGCAUGCUGAAGGACUAGACCUGGAUACCAUCCACCCAGUCAUCAUGGACCCAAGUCAUCAUGUGACUAAGCUCAUCAUUAAGAAUGCGGAUGAUUCUCUACUGCACCCGGGACCAGAACGCGUGCUUGCUGAGCUCAGACGCCGGUUUUGGAUAAUUCGUGGUCGAGAGGCCAUUAGAAAGCAUCAAUAUUCAUGCCUGGAGUGUCGACGAUGGAGAGCAAAACCGGAUGUACCGAAGAUGGCUGAUUACCCGCCAGCUCGACUACGACUCUAUAAGCCACCAUUCUAUUCAACAGGAGUUGACUGCUUUGGACCCUUUCAAGUGAGGAUCGGUCGCCGCACUGAGAAAAGGUGGGGUAUAGUGUAUAAGUGCAUGACAACUCGCUCAGUACACCUGGAUCUGUUGGAGAGCCUGGACACGGACGCUUUCCUGUUAUCUUUGAGAAGAUUCAUAUCUCGACGUGGGAGACCAUUUGAGCUUCUCAUGGACAAUGGCACCAACUUUGUUGGUGGUGAGAGGGAGUUGCGUGAAGCCGUUGUUGCCAUGGCACCUGAGUUGAAAGACCAACUUGCUGAACAGCAAAUAUCCUUCCGAUUCAAUCCUCCUAGUGCGCCGCACUUUGGUGGCACAUGGGAGAGGGAAGUGAGAUCAAUCAAGUCCGCACUCCGUGUUGUCCUUAGAGACCAGACUGUUCCUGAAUCUGUCCUUAUGACAACUCUAGUGGAAGUUGAAGGGAUAUUAAAUGCAAAACCACUCGGCUAUUUGUCAUCAGAUGCCUCGGAUCCUGAUCCAGUCACACCUAACCUCCUCCUAAUGGGUCGUCAUGAUUCAUCCCUUCCUCAAGCUGUCUAUGACCCCAGUGACCUAGGAAGGAGACGAUGGAGGCACAGCCAAUUCAUCGCCGAUCGUUUCUGGGCAUCCUUCAUCAGUCACUACCUUCCAGGGCUUCAAGAGCGUAGUAAGUGGAGGAAAGAUGGUAAGGCACUCUCCAUAGGCGACGUUGUCCUGAUCGUGGAUCCUCAACUCCCCCGCGCAUCAUGGCCCGUUGGUCGGAUUACCCUGACGCAUCCAGGAGCAGAUGGACGCAUUCGGACUGCCACGGUCCAGGUAAAAGACCGCAUCUAUGUUCGUCCUGUCGCCAGACUCAUUCUUCUUCCAGCUGUUGACGACAAGGACGAAGAAGGGACUACCAAAUAGACUUUCUCCCAUUGAUUCAACUGCCACGUGGACAGUUGGGGGCGGCUUUGUCCGAAAGUCUAUUGAUCCGACACCGACUUUUCCGAGGUGCACUUGAACGCCUCCUCAGAAAGCGGGACACUUAUGAGAACGCUGCACGCUCCUUUGCUGGUCUCGCGCUUAGGGAGGAAAACGGACUCACAAACCCCUUUUUCCCGUGACAUUUGUGUGCGUUUAUGAAACCCCAGGUGAGUUAGCAGACUGGCCUGUACACUUGGGGGAGCGAACAUAUCUUUGUUUACUUCCUGUUGCUGGUACGAGUGAAUAUAACUUGUAUGGGAUAAGCGCGUGGUUAAUGGCUUCGCACGGGGUGCCGCCAUGUUGUCUGCGUACUAGCGUCAUAUGUUUGUCAAACGUGUGCUUAUAGCAGUGCUUCUCAAUUAUUUUCUGUUACGCCCCCCCCUAGCAAGAAGAAAACUAUUCGCGCCCCCCCUCCCCACCGUGACUAUCCUAACUUGUCUUGUAAGUCGUAAAAUGUUGCACUGUCGCAAACGUGACAGAAGUAACAAUGAGAGCGCCACUACCCCCUGCUGUAGUAAACGCGCAAUUACACUUUAUUCUAGUACUGCCAAAAAAAAAGCCUGUUCCCCAGGGUCACACGCGCCCCCCCAGGAAUAGCACCGCGCCCCCCAAGGGGGGCGCGCCCCACUAUUUGAGAAGCACUGGCUUAUAGCGUUAGAAAUGUAUUACUGUGUUUAGUUCAGUUGUGUACUAUACGUUGUUAUUACCGACACCGAGUGCCGUCGGCCAGCAGUGCACGUCUUAAAGCGGCAGUAACGCACUUAUUGAAUGUUCAUUAAGGGUGGUAGCAGUAGUAAAGUUUAUGGCCCUGUAUAUCAGUUGUUAUUGCUUGCAUUGUGCUAUUGUAGUUGAGAUUUCCUACAUAGCUGUUUAUGCAUAUGUUUAUUAGAUGAUGUAAUUUGACUGUCAUAAUCUAAUUACAUUAUUUCCCUUUGUUUUCCUUCUGUAUAGACCACACACACACAUGCACACACACAUGUACAUACACUUUUAGAACACACAUAUCCAAACACACAUAUACACACAUGUAUACAAGUACACACUCAAACCCACUAACAUACACUCCUGGAAACCUGUACACUCACUGCUGUUGAGAAUAAAGUUGAUGCAAGAUUCUCUAA